AUGGAUGCCAAUUGUGGUUCUUCGUUCCAAGUACUUCUGAUUGUUGUGGUUGUUUCGUGUCAAGUCGUCGACUCAUUAGUAAUCAAGAACUGCCCUGGUAAUGUGUACUCGAAAGAUGGCUAUGCCGAGUGGACGAUGCCUGCAGCAGAGGAUGAUGCUGGACUGGCGUUGAUAGUUGAGUGUAACCAUCCAUCUCUCAAGACACUCUACAAGGAAUAUCAGACUGAAGUCAUCUGUAUUGCUGAAGACUCGGCAGGGGAUACCGCUACAUGCACCUUUAGUGUUUUUAUGGCCGAUGGUGUAGAUUGUGUUGGAAGGAAUGACUCACCUCGGUGUGUUUGCUUGGAGUAUCGGGAUUUCUUCGACCCUUGUUACUGUCAGGACGGCUUCAGCGGAUUAAAUUGCCAAUAUGAAGACGCAGUACAGUGUGGCGUGGCUGACGACCCAGCAUCCUGUCAAUGCAGCGGCAGCAGUUGCGACUGUCUUAGUGGAUUCAAAGGAGAAUUCUGUCAGCUAGAUUUCCAAAAGCCUGGCAUCACUUGCCCUGAAGAUGUUUACACUAACGAGGAGUCUUCAGUGGUAACCUGGCACAAUAACGCUACUGAUAAUGACGGGUCGCCAGUCAUUCAAUGCGACCCCCCAUCUGGGUCACUGUUUGAACGGAACUUCGCACAAAACACAACCAUCAUUGAUGUAGUCUGUACAGCAAGGGACGCGGCUGGCAAUCAAGGGGAGUGUUCAUUCAAAGUCACCAUUGAUCUGGAACCUCCGUUGAUCCCUGGCUGUCCAGGCAACAUCUACACUACCAAUGCCACUCUGGAUUGGCCAUUAGACUUGGGAGUUGAUAACAGUCACCCAAGCCUGGACGUCACCUGUGACCCUGGGCCUGGAUUCACGUUCACAGACCCCGUCACUGAUGUAGUUUGCUCUACAAAAGAUGCUGCAGGAAAUAUGGCUGAGAGGAACUGUACUUUUCAAGUCUUUCUCGCCGAUGGUAUAUCCUGCAGCUCCAUUAUACCUGAGUGUAGCUGUGAUGAUUUGGAUGCUAACUGCACCUGUAUGGUGGGCUAUAGCGGACUGGAUUGUUCAGCCAAAGAUGCCAGUAGUUGUGUGUCGUCUGGUAAUCCAGGACCAGGCUGUAUAUGUGAUGGUGCAGGCUGUAACUGCACAGACGGGUUCAAAGGAACCAGUUGUCAGUUAGACUUCCAAGCUCCAGUUCUGCAUAACUGUCCCUUUGGGAUAGUCUAUUCUCUUGAUCCAGUUGUAACGUACCGACCAAUGUGGACAGACGAUAACAAGGACUCAUCACCAGAAAUGUCUUGCUACCCUGAAGAAGGUUCUGAGUUUCUCAAUCGAAGGACAGAGGUGACUUGUACCACUCAAGAUCUUGCCGGGAAUAAAGUCUCAAGCUGUGGGUUUCCCGUUUACAGAAUGUCAGGGAGUGACUGCCCAGGGGAUGGUGAUAACUGUCUCUGCAGUGGACUGAGGAGAUGCACAUGUGUGUAUGGCUAUCUGGGUCCAUUAUGCCAAGAUUGCCGGACUUGUCAAAACGGGGGAAGUAAUCAAAACGAAGGAUGCGAGUGUGAAUGUCCUGCAUUGCAUGAUGGUGUGGUCUGCUCAGAUUGUUAUGAGGCAACUGCUGACCACUGCUUGAAUGGCGGUACCUUUGUUGCCGAUACUUGCAGCUGUGCAUGUCAAGAUGGUUGGACAGGCAAACACUGUACUUUAAAGCAUGGUGCAAGGUGUGCAAUCUCCUCUGCUGGUUGUUUGUGUGACGGCGAUGGCUGUUCUUGUAACAGUGUCUAUGAAGGACCCAUGUGUGAAAUGUGCAAGCCGUGUCAACAUGAUGGCUGGGAUCAAAAUAUGGAAACGUGUGAAUGCCAUUGUCCUGGGUUCUAUCAACCCCCACUCUGUCAAGAAUGUGACUCCAACUCCACCAUGUGUCUGAAUGAUGAAGUAUUUGACCCUAACUCUUGUAGCUGUAUCUGCAAAGAUGGUUGGACUGGAGCUAAUUGUAGUCAGCCAGUAUCAUCCUUUGCAAGUCAGUGUCCAACAGACAUCAUAAAGUCAUUAGAACGAGGGAGUGAAGUGGUGUCUGUCUCUUGGCUGAAUCCUGUCAUUAAUGACGGCACUGGCACUCCUGCAGCAGUCGUUUGUACCCCAUCAAGUGGCAGCGAGUUUCAUGAAGGUACCACUGAGGUGAUGUGUACAGCGACAGUUGCCUCCAGCGGGCUAACUUCAUCUUGUACCUUUAAUGUCUUAGUAGAUUACACAGAGCCAGUCUUAUCCUGCCCAAGCCCCAUAUCCGUCAACCACCAGCGAUGGCUCCAGACCUCCAAAGUAGCCUGGAAAACCAUCCCAGCGACUGACGACAUUUCAGGAAGCGUCUCUGUAAGCUGUAUACCGCCGAGUGGCAGUGCGUUUGAUCUUGGGGAGACGACGGUGGUAUGCUCUGCAUUCGAUGAUGCCAUGAAUAUGGGGUGGUGCCAGUUCACUGUGGAGGUUAAUCUACGAGACUCCCAUGAGUUUCCAAAAAGUUGUUGGAAGUGUUCUGCUGAUGAGAAUAAAGCCGGGCAGUGCAGUUACAACGAUGAUGAGGAUGACUAUGUUUGUUUCUGUCCAGCUGGUUAUACCAGUGUCAAUGGCUCUUGUGAAGAUAUUGACGAGUGUGCAGAUAUGCAACGAUGUGAUGAUCGAGCGACUUGUACAAACACCGACGGAAGCUUUCGGUGUACAUGUCAUGAAGGAUUGUUCUGGGAUACUGUCACAUGCAGAGAGUACCCUCACACUAUGCAUCCUGACAUACCCAAUCCGACCGGAAACCAGCCGCCACUGGAGAAGAAGUUUGCGAUUGACAUUGCCAUAGCAGAGGAAUCUCUGUAUGGAUGUGACUGGAGUGUGAAUCAGAUGACGGCUAGCUGUCAAAUGCUUCUCAAUACAUUCAAGAUGAAUAUUUGGAAAAACUAUGAGUCAUUUUCAUCGUCGCUUUCAAGAAUUGAUGCUGAUCAGUCUGAUAUGGGGGGAGGCAGCAUUCCCCACACAGUGGUGUAUGACUACAACAAGAUGUCUGAAAGUGGGAGAGCUCUGUCAGCGCAGGAGUUUUAUGAGCAAAUCUUGGCAGCGGAUGUGUCUGCAGGCAGGUUGGGUGCUCUCAGACUAGUUCCUGACUGUGAGAGGUGUAGCCCACCCAAGGAUGUGACCAAUCUGUGCGGGAGCAGCCCACCUACAUGUGGGGAUGGGUACAGCCUACAAGAAGUGAGACCAGACGAUGGCACCUGUUAUUACACCUGUGAAUCCCUUUGUGUGACUGGGUACUGCAAUCUGGGCUCCUGUAUACACAACCCGCCCUAUCCACCCCGGUGCAGAUGUCCAUCGGACACUAGCGGGCCACAGUGUGAGCCAAUCCUAGUCACUGAUAGCGGAGGCGACAAGGACAAGACGGAGAGCACCUUAAAUAUCGCCCUCAUUGUUGGUUGCUCCGUGGGCGGAGGCUUCUCACUCAUAGUGUUCCUCGGUCUGACUUCUCAUUGUCUGAAACGAAAGAAGUCGGAGGGCGUGGUGACACGACAUCAACAAAACAGUCACAUCAACGCAGAGUUUAAAAUGGAGGAGCAAUAGUUGAGAAGAGUGGCUUGGGUUACCAUGGCAGUGACAGCUGAUAAAGUGAGGAUGGAAAUCAUUUUUGCUAGUUGCUGAACAAUAAAAUAAAAAAAAGGAAAGGUUGGUCCUUGCUCUUUGGAUUGGAAGCAUUGCCUCAAAAGGCACUGGACACUAUUGGUAAUUACUAAAAAUAAUUAUUAGCAUAAAACCUUACUUGGUUACGAGU